AUGUCUGACUCCGGGUUGGCGGCUGCUGGAAGCAGCACAUACUCGUCGAACACACUACAUGUUGGAGAUGGCACUUGGGAUACGCAGCGCGAUACUUUCUUGUUGCCCAAUCUGAUGGGUCUGAACUUCGAAACGAUGCGAUAUAAUGGCAUGGGGAAUCGUUUCAAGGACAUGGCUGGGUAUCAUUCUAUAAUCAUUGCCCACGGUGUCAUCGCAACCAUCGUCUUCUUGGGCAUCGUUCCCAUGUCAACCCUACUCAUCCGAUAUUACUCCCGAUGGAAUCCCUACUGGGCAUUUAAGUUACAUGCCUGGUGUCAAGUUAUGACGCUACUUUUGACAACGGUAGUGUUUGUACUUGGCUGGUUUGCCGUGGGGCCAGAGCGGAGCCUGACCAACCCACACCACGGAAUUGGCCUAGCAAUCUAUGUCAUGGUCAUUUUCCAGGUCCUGUGGGGCUGGCUUACACACAAGAUGGAGAGCAAGAGAAAGCGACAUCGUGUGCCAUUGAAGCUAGUGAUCCACCGCUGGCUCGGUCGAAGCUUGGCCAUUCUAGGGAUCAUCCAAAUUCCUCUUGGUCUUACUCUAUAUGGUUCACCUAAAUUCCUAUUUAUUUUAUACGCCCUUGCAGCAUUCGCGCUUCUGGUCACCUAUUUUGUACUCUCUUAUCUUUACGACGAUGAAGGGUACCACCUACCCAGUGAGCAUGGAAGCCGACUAGACGGUCCAUCUGUGGUGACAGAAGAGCACAAUCACCACAGCGGGCUUGGAGGAGUGCUGGCUGGGGGAGCUUUGGCCGCAGGGCUGGCUUCCGUGUUCCGUCGACGACCGCGGAGCCGGAAUACCAGCCAAGCCUACGAAGAUUCUCGCACUUCCUUAUCAGAUGAGAAGUACUCAGAUGAAUCCUCUCGCCACAGCAAAGAAGGUGGUGGCUGGGGAAAGAAGAUUCUGGAGAUUGGUGCCCUAGCUGGAGGUGCUAUGCUUGCGAAGAGCUGGUGGGACCGCCGAAAGAAGCGUGAAGAUGACUCCGAGGCAGGUCGGUAUAGACCUGCCCAUUCGCGUACAGACAGCUACAGCGAAGAUUCUUUCAGUCGACUGGAAGAGGGACGACCGGAACCCACCCAUCAGACACCGCUCCAUCGACCUCCAGGCCAAACUCCAAGCCGGCCACCAAGCAGGACCCAGAGCCCUGGAUCCUCGUACUAUUACGACAGUGCCUAUUCUACAGAGCCGCCAAGAAAGGCCUCGCAUGGAGUUCGUGAUGCACUCCUUGGUGCUGGUGCCUUUGGUGCCAUGAAGCGACUGUUCAGCCGUGGAAAGAAAGAUGAUGAAGAGAAACGCCGAAUGGAGGACAUCCGCCGUCAGGAUGAGGAAGAUGAACGCCUUCAAAGAGCCAACAGCAAACGACGCCCACAGUCACAGGCAGGGCCUUAUCCUCAAAGACGCAAACCCAGCUCUUAUACAGAGAGUGACCUCACACCAACCGAUCUUACUCCCCGUCCACCUCGUGCUGUCCAUGUAACUCCUUCUGAUAUGCCUCCCAUCCCGCCGGCGCACCAGCAUUACUCUGGGGACUUGGUGUCUGAGAUGCCCUCUUCGCACGGUGAUCACCACGGUGAGGAUUGGGCUGCCGGUGCAGCAGCUGGAGCCGCUGGAGCAGCAGCAUUGGGUGCAGCCAGCCGUCGUCGCAACAGUGGCAGCCGGCACCGUGAUGACAGUCGACGCCGAGAUGAUAGCAGACGCCGAGAUGAUAGUAGACAUCGCGACGAUCAUGUCGAGUCCCCACCGGUGUCAGUCAAGGUGAAAAUGCACGGCGAUGGACGCCAUGUGACUCUUCGUCGUUUGACCGAGCAAGAAGCCGCAGCUAGUCGCGAAGCUAGACGACGAGAGCGCCGUGACUCUCGACGCCGCAACGGUAGCGCAAGCUCCAUCUCUGGCGACGAGGGACGGGAGAGUGAUCGUUGGCGCCGCGUCGAGGAAUUAGAGAGACAACAAGCAGAACAGAUCCAGCGCGAGCAAGCUACCGCUGCCGCUGCGACGCAUACAUCUGCUGGUCCUGCCGGAAGCAUUCCCUCCUUUGCUCCACCUCACUCACAAAUCAGCGACAUGCCACCGCCCCCUCCAAUUCCCCAUGCGGCCCCCUCCAGCAUGCCCUACGGUGCGGGCAGUGUCACCUCACCUACAUGGACCGGUACGGAAGCCAGUGGAUCAUACGCUAAUAACCGUCGACGCCGACGAGCAGAGCGGGCUCGAGCGCGGCAAGAGAGGCAACAACAGCACGGAGUGGAGUUUGAGUAA